AUGUCAGCAUUUCAUCUGACGUGGAUCAAACCUAUUGACGAGCAGCGAUAUUCAUUGAUUGCGGAAACGCAUUUGACGGCCGCGUUGCAGCCGGCGAUGAUUUUGAUCAGCAAUCUUGGUGGAGAUAACGGCCCAGCUGCGUAUCUGACAUGUGUCUUGAUAUGCUUCAUUGCUCUCGCCAAGGGUCCAAGUCCCGGGAAUCUUCUCUUAACCGACAUUAAAGGACAAGUUUCGUGGCUUCAUCUCCUUAGGGGCGUUCGUUUGGUUGUCGAGUCCACUGGCUGGUCUUCGAUAUUCUCGGGUACGCUGGCACAGUAUGCUCCGCUACCUAGCGGCGAUACACUAGAGCACACCGCAGCAACUAACCCAAACUUGAUGACUGACGGCAUCGAAGACUGGCGCUCCUCUUUGAACAGAAUCUCUAAUCUAAUCGCUCAGUUAGCAGAAGAGAAUAUGGACAACGUUUACGAUCGUGAGCUUCAGGCGCUUACUACCUGUUUUGAGAGGACAUUUUGCAAAGGGCAAGACGCCGCCUUGGAUACAGUGGGUAGGCUUCUGGAUGUCAUAGGCUGGGUCUACCGGCUUGGAGAUGAUUACAUGGGAGGGCUGCGCCAGAUAGACCUCAUCUCAACAGUCAUUUUGGGACAUUUUUGCGUCUUACUUCGGACAGUUGAGGCUCAAUAUUGGUUCAUGCACGGAUGGGCAGCACAUGUCAUAGGAGAGAUUCUCGUUAUUUCUCCCAAUACUCGACAGUGGCUUUCAUGGCCAAUUGCAUUCAUGAGCCCGGAAGGAUAG